AACCAACCCCCUCUUGUCUCCCUGUUCCUCUUACCCUUCCUCUCUCCCUCUUGUCUGUUCUUCCUGAGUCUCUCAUUCUCGCUCCCCAUCUCCUUCAGUCACUCACUGUCUCCCAGUUCCUCUCUCAUCCUUGUUUCCUUGUACUUUAAGUGUCAUUAGGCUGUAAAUCUGAAGAAAUCUAUGCUUAAUCCAGUAAGACUGUAAUGUAGUGUGUCAACUCUGUCUGAACAGGAUUAAAGUGGGGGGGUGUUAAUGUGUUUGUGUGUGUAUGUAUGCGUGUGCACCAAGGUGUGUGUCUGUGUGCAGCAUGAUUGGUGUGUCUACUUGAGUACCUGACUUUGUGUGUGUGGCUCUGUAUCCCAAACACUGACUGAAUGGCAUACUUGUGAAUUCUUGUAAUCUCAAUUUGGAUUUCUUUGUUCGACAUUACUGAUAUUUAAGGAUUGUUCGGUCUUGGUCAUUCCUCAUUUGAGAUAGGGAUCUAUUGUGCCUGGUGUGGAUUAUUGUGGACAUCUCUUCUGGAAUAACCACUUUUCUGAGACCAGGCAAUGUCCAGGAAACAGAACAGGUGGCAGGAGGCCCUCGUUGUAUACCCCAAGACCCACAAACUGACACAGAAGAAGAAGAGGAAAGUGGACACACCCACAUCCCAGGAACCCGGGCCAGCUAGGGUGGCUGUGACCAGUGGAGUUGACCAGCUGGGCAUCAGCAGGAAAAAUACUGUUAGCAUUAAAAGUAACAGCAGUGCUACUAGGGGCAGUGCUGGAAGUGCUAAUGGUAGCUACAGCAGUUGCCCUAGCUGUAGCAUCAGCAAAAGCGCUAGCAGCAAAAUUAGCGAGAGUGUUAGCGGUAGCACUAGCCGACACGGCAGUGCUUGCAAAGCCAUGGUGGAGAAGACUCCGACAGGUCGGUCCUGGCGGUGCCAGGAGGAACAACAGCAGAGGAUAGGAGGCGGGAGAAGAACCCUCCCAAGCAGCCGCAGUUCUCCAUCCAUCAGCACCUCCUCUUCUCUCUGCUCUUUGUCUCCCUCCAUGAGUGGCAGCGCUUCCCUCGACCAGCUCAGUCAAACCAUCUCCAGAGACGAUGCCCAACAAUUCCUUCUACAUUCCGGACCCAAGUCUCGGGCAGAGAGUGGUUGCUCCUCCCUAGAGAAGAACAUACCAGCUACAGACUCCUGGCAGCCAUCUUUGUCUCUGUCCAGUGUUUCUCCCAGGGACCCCCUGAGGUUUGUCUUCCUCCCCAUCAAUGGUCCCUUGGCAUCUCCCGUCUCUUCCUCCUCUUCUGGUUGCUCUUCCUCCUCCUCCCCUUGUCCUCAGGUCCAGAUUGGCAGGUCCCCAAUGGGCUCAAGAUGCUCUGCCACCAGCACGUCCUUCGGCUGGCUACGGGGUGAGUCUACCAGGGGCAUGGUGAAGGUGGACAAGGGCCGCGCUGAGGACCAGGGUGACGACCCCCGGGGUCCCAGUGUGGGGAGACCAAAGUAUGUGUGGUUGGCUGAUGUGCACAGGACCAGACGGCUGGAUGACAGGGAGACGAUGGGGGCCUUCGGGGCCCAGGCAGGGAGUCUGGUGCAGGGUAGAGCAGACAGCCCUGGCAGGGACCAGCUCAACAAGCUAUUUGUCUUGGAACGCAGGAGGUCGCAGGUCAUAGACCAGUUAGAGGGUGAUCACGUUGACAACAUGGACACCAGCUCUUCAUCUGAGCCAACCUCCUCUUCCUCAUCAUUCUCCAACACCACAAGCCAGACCCGACACAGUAGAAUGCAGAUAAGCAAAAAACAGGAGACCCUGGAAUCUGCUCUGAAGCGUUCUGCCCCAGAUGUCUCCAGACCAACCAUGCCCUGCUACCGCCGCUCCAAGUCCUUGGACCGGAGAGCAGCAGAAGCUACGGCCACCACAACAACACCCGACCUCAACUUCAAAAAGGGCUGGAUGACCAGACUGACUGACAAAGGGCAGUGGAAGAAGCACUGGUUCGUCCUGACUGACCAAACCAUGAGGUUCUACAGAGAUAUUGUUGCUGAGGAGGCUGCUGAUUUGGAUGGCGAGAUUAACCUUUCUACUUGUUAUGACAUCACAGACUACCCAGUUCAGAGGAACUACGGCUUCCAGAUACAUACUGCAGAGGGAGCGUUCACCCUGUGUGCCAUGACUUCUGGGAUCCGGAGGAACUGGGUCCAGUCAGUGAUGAAGAACGUGAGGCACAACGAGGCCCUGGUCGUCACAAGUUCUCUUCCACAGCAGAAGGAGCCACCAGCGCUGGGCCCUAUGGAGACACGCUCUGCAGAGGAAGAUGUGGAUCCAGAUCAGAGGAAGAACCGUAGUGUCCGCGAGCGUCGCCGGGAAGGACGCUACAAAACCUUUGACUGGGCUGAUUUUAGCCACCAACAGCACCACCAGGGAGUAGAGAAGGAGGCGGAGCCCAGUGGACAGUCGCGUCCUGUGGUAGGAUGGGACACCGCUGACGGCGGCAGCCCAUCGCCAGUCUCCUCUGCCUCCUCUCUGGUUGCCUCUAACUCCUGCUCCUCCUCGUACUCUUCUCAGUGCCUCAGGGACACUGUAGCUUCACAAGAGGUGGAGGUGCUACAAAGGGGGGCAGGUCCAACCAUGCUACCCCAGGCUCCAUUCACGGCCACACCCCUAGAGGAAAGAAGUGUUGCUGGGACCAAAACACCCACAACAUCCACAACACUAGUUCAUGCUCAAAAUAAGGUUUUUGAAAAAAGGACAAUUUCUGAGGUGGACAACAGCUCCACCUCUUCUACACCAGAGCUGCCCAUUGGUUGCGGCGAUGACGAUGUCACUGGCCACACCCCUAGUGAUGUCCCUAGCGUUGCCCUUGGUGAUGGCUUUGGCAACACUCCUAGCCCCACCCCUUGUGAUGGCACUGCCGGUGUACGGGUGGAGGUGGUGAUAGAACAGCAAGUGGCUUCCACACCGCUGAGAGAGGAGAGGUGGGUUCCCAUCAAUAACUCUGACAAAACCAAAGAAGAGACGGAGCAGCAGUCCUAUGAACAGCAGACUGAAGAGCUGGAGCAGACCCAGAGAGAGUUGUCCAGACUCCAGCAGGUGAACAUCAGUCUGCAGCAACAGCUGCAGCAGGAGAGGGAACGCACCAGGGAGAACCACCUACUACAGAAUGGCCUACCCACAUCCUUCAACCAGUUCUCCUCCGCACAGUCAUGCGCGUGGCAGCGUCUUCAGAAGCUGAACCAGGACCUGCGCUUCGAGCUGGAGGCACAGAGGAGGAGCCAGGAGGAGGCGCGUGAGGCUGAACUGCAGCGGAGGGCCGAGUUCAUCGCCUUGCAGGCGCGGGCGUUAAGCGCAGGGGAGGCUGCAGCCUUGGCACGCUCUGAGCUGCAGCAGGAGCGUCAGAGCGCUCGGAAGCAGCGGGAGGAGGGGGAGCACGAACACCGGCAGGAGUUGGAAUGUUUGCGCCAGCGACUACAAGAGGUGUCAGCCCAGAUGAGAGCAAAAGAGGAGGCACAGGCCGAGAAGGAGGUGCGCCUGCAGAAGCACCUGGGCCUCCUGCAGGAGAGCCAGGACAGGGAACGCAGAAGCCUGGGGGCCAACCUGGCCCAGGCGGAGCGCCGGACACAGGACCUGCAGGAGCAGCUGCAAAAGGCUGAGCAGCAAGCGGAGACAUUGUGGAAGGGGCAGGGUCAGCCGUGGGCCAGGGAAGGAGAGGUGGCGGAGGCUCAGCAGCAGCUGCAGGAGGAGUUGGCCCGCACGCUGGCGGCUAUAGGGAGGCUACAGGGGGAGGGGGAGCAGCUGGAGAGACGCUGCCAAGAGCUGCAGAACCAACUGGCCGAGGCAGACGGGGAGGUGGUUCAGCUGCAGAGACGCCUACAGACGGAGGAGACUGACUACUACAACCUGGAGCACUCCUACGAGAGUGUUUCAGAGGAGCUACAGCGGGCCCUGGGACAGGCGCAGGAGAGGGAGGUGGCAGCCAGCGAUGCCAGGGAGGACUACAAGAGGCUGCUGGACAGGAAGGAGCGGGAGCUGAGUGAAGCCUUGGUUAAGAUGGCCGCCCUUGGGAGCAGCCUGGAAGAGACGGAGCUGAAACUGAGUGAGGUGAAGGAAGCAUGCACCUGUUGUUCCUCUCUUCCUCUCUUCAAAGUGACUGACAACAGACUGAAUAUCAAAUCCAGCGGUCUGAAUUCACGGGAAACCCAGACCAUCCACCACUCCUACAAUACAGACGGAGGACAGACAAAUGGCAGCAGCGUCCCUGCCAUAAGCCACUCCGGACCUGGCUCAUGUUCUGUCGACCCGGCCUACCAGUACAUCGUUACGGCUGGAGAUGAUCCGGACAGGUUCAUGUCAGUGAUCCAGGUCCUGGAGACCAAGCUGUAUGUGACAGAGGAGAAAUUGAGAGACAUCACCCAGAGGCUGGAGGAGCCACAAGGUCAGUGGUGCAGCAGUGCAGCCACCGACCCCCACGUCCUCUCCCAGCUCACCCAGAGCCGGGCCGCUACCCAGCGGCUUAGCCUCUUUCUUCACAACCAGGCCAAGCAGAGCAGGCGCUUCGCCCUGGAAACAGAGGGCCGAACCAGGGUGCUGGGUGGGCAGUGUCAGGCGGCCCUGGCCAGUGUGCAGGCCUGCAGAGAGAGGAUCCAAGCCCUGCUGAGGAGGAACCCUGGUGAAGGUAGCAAUCCUGACCUAGAAGCCGAGCUCUGUGCCCUGGAGAUGCAGCUGGUCACUGCUGCCGCCUGCCUCAGGCAAGGAGGAAUAAUUGCCGAUGAGCAAUGGCACGAGUGCCACCGAGCUCAGAGGGAGGAGGAAGACUUGAUUGAUGACAAGACACUAUCAGAGGACAAGGUUGAGCAAAUGAGCAAAGGCACAUAUGCCCCAAUGUCAUGCCCAGAAGGAGAGGAAGCUGGAAUGGAAACAUUGGGUAGAGCUUUAGAACUGGAAGCGUCUACGUUGGAGAAGAUGGCGUCGGCAAUGCAGAGCCAAGAUACAUUAUUUUGCCAGAAUGAAGCCCUCCUUGGUGGAGACGAAGGUGACUCAGCACACAUGUAUGCCAACGUGCUUUUGAAAAGGAUGGCCCUCGGAAUGGAUUGUAGGGAACCAGUAGGUGGCGACACUGAGUCGGAGGAGAGUGCCAUUGGCAGGGUCUGCGCCAGAGCAGAGUUAGCUUACAUCUCUCUAACCUUACAGCAUCGCUACCAGGGAGAGCCGAUACAAGAAGAACUGCACUCUGACAACCCGACCAGGGAGCAGCUGUGGCGGAGCUCUCAGUCAGAGGAACAGUGUGGCGGCGCUGGGGAUAACAAUCUGAGCUCUGGUCAGGCCAGGGGUCUGGCUGAUGUCAGUCCUCCAGAGCUGGCUCCUUAUGAGGAACAGGUCCAGUUGAAGUCCAGAGGCCUCACAGACAACCUGCUGGAGAGGAUCCAAUCAGUCUGGAGUGGGGACAAGACAGAGAAAAAACAUGACUGGACAGAAAGACUUGCAGUCCAGCUGAGGAAAAGGGCCAAGGUCUUGCAUCAACUCUGUCAGGAGAUCCCCAGCAGCAGUGGCUCAAAGGGGGAGAGUAGUGCGGCGAAAGGUAGACGCUGGUUGGAUGACCCGGACUCUGUUGGAACCCUGGACUUGACCCUGUACUGGCCGGAGGUGCUGGUGCAGUCCCAGGUGACCUACGUGGCAUGCCGCCUGCAGCUGGAUCACGAACAGGAACUGCAGCAGUGCAAGGGGGCAUUCGACAGCCUAGGGGCGCUGUGUCAGGAGCAAGAGGCCAUGCUCAGCAGGGACCGCCGCACUUUUAGCCACGCCCUGUCGCGACUGCAGGAGGACAGCCAGGCCCUCAAGGAGAAGCUGGAGCAGGUGGAGCAAGGGAGGGCCGCAGCAGAGAGCGAGACCCGGCGUAAGGUGGGUGUACUCCUAGCUGAUAUCGAGAGCAUCGAGGAUCGCCACGAGGAGCAGGUGCAGAAGCUGGAGGAGGAGUUCCAAGGGAAGAUGCAGGAGCUCCAGAAGAUCCACGAGGAGGAAAUGAUACGUCUGCACAGCCACCAUGCUCAGUCUGCCUGUGUUGCAACAGAUGCACAACACGAGUCCCGCUCAUCACAGACCACCCCUAACACUACUCCCGAAAAAGCCACCUUCUACCCAGACUUCACCUUGGAUUCCACCCUGCCGGCAGAUAAACUUAAUCUGGAUGGAGCCUGCAAAUUAGACAUGGUGUCUAUGGAAACAAUGAAGAAACGAAUCCAUGUGCUUGAGACGCAGGUAAACACCAUGAAAGAUGAGGCGGGGAGACGGAAUCUGGAAGGGGAUGAAGUUGCCAUGAAGGAAGCUUAUCAGAGAGACCUUGAAAACAUCAAGGUUUCCUGUGAGCGUGGCUUCACUGCCAUGGAGGAGGUACACCAGAAGCUGGUGGGGGAUCUGCAACGGCAGCACCAGAGGGAAGUGGCCACGCUCCUGCAGGAGAGAGACUGCCUACUGGAGGAGGAGACAGCCGCCACUGUCGCAGCGAUCGAGGCAAUCAGGAAUGCUCAUCGGGAGGAGCUGGAGAGGAGUCAGAGUGGAGGGAGCUCUGACAUCACGGAUCUUCCCUCCCAGUAUGAGGUUGAGCUGCGGUCUCUGCACAGGGAGCUGGAGGUGUUGUCGGGCCAGUACUCCCAGAAGUGUCUGGAGUGCGCCCAGCAGAAUCAGGCCCUGGAGGCCGAGAGACAGGCCCUGCUACAGUGCCAGAGGGAGAACCAGGUGCUCAGCAUCCACAAGCAGGAGCUGACUCAGAGACUGACCGAGGAGAUCUCUUGCAAGCACUCCCUUCUUAGCGAGGAAUCGGCCACUGCCUUAAAGGGGAAAGACCUCUACGAACUGGAGGUGAUCCUACGGGUCAGGGACACAGAGCUGCAGUGCCUCAAACAGGAGACCAACUCUCUGAAGGAGGAACUGAAAGCUGUUCACAGGGAUAAGGCAUACGCCAAAGACAAGCUCAAAGCCCUGUAUGCUGAGCUGAGCUUCAGCCGGUCCAAGGUCCAAUGUGACAUUCCCAAGCUGCGAGAGGAGCUCCAGACUGCAACAGGGUCUCCCAGGGAUGAGGGCAGGGGCGGCGACGGCUCCAAUGCUGCUCAGGCUUACGACAUAGUGAAGUUGACAAGCAACCCUGAUUUUCUGAAGAAGGAGAGGUCGACACUCACCAGGCAAAUCAGAGGGGUCAGGUCAAAGAGUCUGAAGGAGGGUCUUUCUGUCCAAGAGAGAAUGAAGCUGUUUGAGCCCAUGGACUAGAAGAAGAUCUGAUCUAUUUUUUUUGUUGCUCAUUCUUCAAUGUGUGUGUAUGUGUUGGUGUGGUGUUUGACAAUCGUGUGCAACAGUGCUAGUCUGAGUACAGGUCUCUUUAGAAACAUUCCACUCCUUGCCACUCCUUGUCAUUGCCAAUCUUCAUCUUUGGCAAAUGACAUAGAGUACAGGGAGUGGAAUAGCUAAAGAGACUGUUACUCAGACUACUGCAGUGCUUGGCUUGCCUGUGAUCUGUAGAGUGUACCAUUGGGAGAUUUUUAGAGCAUUGAUGUGGUGAGGUUGCAAGUAUUGUGAUUAACUAUUUAUUUAUGUAUGUAUUAUUACACAGACCAAAAUAUUGCACAGUUGGGCUAACUAAUAAAAAGCUCUUACAGGGCUCAAUGCACAAUGUGUUUCUCUCCUCCUAGUCCACUUCACCACACCCGGACAGUGAUGUGAACUGUUUAAUUAGGACAAAACCAAAUUCCCUAUGUAAGAACACACUCAAAUCUAAAUACUGGUCAUGUAAAAAUGCAUGGCUAUGAUUUUUUCAAUGUAUUUUAAUACACUUGUGUCCUGUAUUUUAGUGUUCCAUAUUAUUAAUAAAAUGUUUUUUAUUUGAAUGUCAAAGUGUGUCUAAAUAAAUGUAAUGUCGGAACCA